AUGUUUUCACAUGUCAAUAAAGCCAACACAGUGGAGAAUCUAUCCAAACCAAUAAGCAGAGCAACUCAAGCUGCUGCUACACAUAUAUCUAAGUCUACAGCUGCUUCUAGAUUCUAUUCACAUUAUCCAUUUCCAUCAAUCCCCAGACCAAAGAGAAAUGUUUUAUACUACAACACAUACUAUUAUGGAUCACAGUUGAAAAAUGGGUUAAAAGGUAAACUACCCCCAAUCAGAAAAUUUUCCCAAAGUUAUUAUCAUAACCAAUGGAAUGGAAGUUCAUCAUCUACAAAUACUACCCAACCAAAACAUCAACUCAUCAAAUACAUAGCACUGUUCUCAAUAAGUUUUAUUUUUUAUGGAGUGUCCGCAAAAAUUUAUCACCAAGCCAGAUCUAAAAGUGAAGAAGAUAGUGAUGAAAGUGAUAAUGAAAAUGAAGAAAGAAGUGUCAAACCAAGUCAUUCUUGGCAAUUUUUCUGCUACAGUACUUUACCAUUAAAUGCAAUUUCCAGACUUUGGGGUCAAAUCAAUAGUAUUGACUUACCUGUUUGGUUAAGGGGUCCUGGUUACAAAUUCUACUCUUAUUGUUUCGGUGCUAAUUUGGAUGAGAUCAAGGAGUCAGAUAUCUCAAAUUUCAAGAAUUUAAGUGAAUUUUUUUAUAGAGAAUUGAAAGAUGAUGCUAGACCUAUUGCUCAAAAUACAGAUCUUGUUUGCCCAAGUGAUGGUAAGGUUUUACAAUUUGGUGUAAUUGAUAAUGGGAAUAUUGAACAAGUGAAAGGUAUGACUUAUUCUAUAGACUCAUUUUUAGGUGAUGCAACUCGUACAAAACUGGCUGCACCAUCUCAUCAAAUCAAUUUUGAACAUCAUGAUGAAGACGAGAUUUUGAAAAGACAUGGUGAAUUUGCAGAAAUUAAUGGUAUCUCAUAUUCAUUAGAUGAUAUCUUGGGUGGUGAAGGUAAAAAUGUGCACCAUUUGAAAAAAAUUAUUUAUAAAGAAGAAGGUGAUAAGUCUGUUGAAGUUGGAACAAAGAAAGUUUUACAAGUUGCUAGUGAAAUCUCAAGUAACAAAGCAAAAUCUUCACAAAAUGAUAAGGAAUUAUUUUAUGCUGUUAUAUAUUUAGCACCUGGUGAUUAUCAUAGAUAUCAUUCACCAACUGAUUGGGUUGUUACCUUGAGACGUCAUUUUAUUGGUGAACUUUAUAGUGUUGCUCCGUACUUCCAAAGAACAUUAUCAAAUUUAUUUGUCUUGAAUGAAAGGGUUUCACUUCUCGGGUACUGGAAAUAUGGGUUUUUCAGUAUGACCCCAGUUGGUGCUACAAAUGUUGGUAGUAUUAAAGUCAAUUUUGAUAAAGAUUUAACUACAAACACCAAAUAUCAAAGUCCGCAUUAUAAAGAUACCAGUGAUAGACCAGUUAAAGUCAAAAAGCAUACAUGUUACGAAGCCACAUAUUCUAAAGCUAGUUCUUUAUUAGGUGGUUAUCCAGUUACUAAAGGUCAAGAAGUUGGUGGAUUUAUGUUGGGUUCAACUGUUGUCUUAGUUUUUGAAGCUCCAAAAGAAUUCAAAUUCAACAUUGAAAAGGGACAAAAGGUUAAAAUGGGUCAACCAUUAGGUAAGAUUGAUGUUGAUUCUAAAUGA